CUCGCAGACAGUUCUCAAAAAUUCUGCAAUUCGUACGCACGAAGCUGCAGAGAUGAAGGUCUCCCUCAAGCUCCAAGAUGAGCGGAGCCCAGUUCUGAGAGCCAAAAUUCCUGUCUCCAUAUUCAACCAACCUUUCGUUUCUGGCCUCACCACUGCUACCACCAUCAGCGGCAACGCUGAAUCCUCUCAAAAUCCUUCCUUUUCUCUCUCCACCAAUUUCCCUUCUGGCCCUUCUCUCAAACUCUCUUAUGCUCCCUCAAGCAUGGCCUCUGCCCCUUUUUCCCUCUCCCUCAAAUCAGGUCUUGGCCUCUUUGGCUCGCCGCGCAACUCUCCUCUCAUCUUCUGUGCCCAAUUCUCUCUGCCCGCCUCAAACCCUAGUUCUAUCAACCCAAUUUUUUCUCUCCAUUUCAAGCCCCAAAUUGGUAACUUUUCUAUCCGCAAGGCUACUUCAUCAAACCCCAGCCUCGAGCCAGAUACUGGGCCACAAACCCUCGUCCAAUCUGGGUCGCGUCCGAGUUCUGAGUUUGCCCCGGACGGAUCAUCGCUCUGGCAAGAGGUGAAAUUGGAGCCAACUAGUGUCGAUGAAAAUGGGUUUGUAGAUGCUACCUCUAGUUAUGCUGAUGGUUUACAUUCAAAUAGUGGAAUUGGGUUCGUUCCUCAGAGGUCAUUGGUGAAGAAAGAUAGCAAAAAAGUUGGGCUUUGGGGCGGAAUUUCUGUUACAGCUAGAACAUUGUUGCCUGUGACAAAAAGGCUGGUAGUGAAUUUUCAAUGGUCUCUGAAUUUGGCGACAGAAAUAGGGCAAAAAAUGCCAUAUUUGACAGUCAACAAAAUUGGGAUUGAGAGGAUGGAGGAGGUGAAAGAAGUGAAGGAUAAAGGUGCUGAGAGUAAUGCUGGUGAGGUAGAUUUGUUGAAAGGAAUGUGUUUCUGGAUGGGAAGAGAUUUGGAGGCAUUGGGAAGGGAGAAUAAAGAAUUGAAGCAGUGCCUGGAAGAGAUGAGACAGGGAAUUUCAGCAAGGACUUCUCACAGGGAGAGUGAGAGUUUUGGGGGGAAAGUUCCAUCGCCUUCAGUUGAGAAGACAACUGAUUUUGAGCAGUGGAGGAGCAAGAAAAAUGGUGGGGAAGAGAGUGGUGGAAAAGAGUUGAAGAAGGGUGCAAAUAAGAUGAAUGAUGUGGAAAGUGAAUUGCAGAAGGCUAUCAAGGCUGCUGCUUCAACUUAGCAAAGUAGGAAACCUUUUUUGAGAUUAGGCAAUUGUAGCAAAGUUGGAAACUUGGAACUUUGCAAGUAUGAUCCUCCCAUGUAUAUAAUGAUUUGCCCACGCAGCCUUGUUCAUUGUGUAUAAACUAUAAACCUAGUUUCAGACUGUUUGAUGUCCUUUUUUCUAUGGUUGUUGUAAUGAAUUGGAACUUAGGGAGUGUAAUGGUAUUUGGAAAAAGCUUGGAUGUCAUGUUUUUAGCAUUCUGUCUCUGAAGUCAUGGACUCAUGGAA